AUGAACCUCUCUUUGAUCGAUCCUUUUGUCCUGGCCCAGGAUUACCCCGACACUCUCACGGAGAAGCUUCACAGCGGCCAUGCGACCUGUUUGCGAUUCAACCAUACCGGCGACUAUCUAGCUUCGGGACGUGUGGAUGGUACGGUGGUCAUUUUCGAUAUUGAGACAAACGGCGUGGCACGCAAGCUGCAAGGUCAUACCCGCCAAAUUCAAUCUAUUAGUUGGUCACGGGAUGGCAGAUAUCUCCUCACCUCCUCACAAGAUUGGAAGUGUAUCCUAUGGGACCUGAAAGAUGGCGCACGCGUGCGCACAGUCAGGUUCGAGGCGCCAGUGUACAUCGCUGAGCUGCACCCAUUCAAUCAUCUCCUCUUUGUCGCCUCGCUCUUCGAAGACCAACCCGUCCUGGUCGACAUCUCUUCCCCGAAACCUAUCAAGCGCAUUCUCCCUUCCGCGCCGCUCCGUCCACAGCCCACAGGUGGCGAAGAAUUGGACCCAGCAGUAGCAGCGAAACAAGCCGCGCAAGAUGCAAAGCACUCUACCUGCGUCACCAUCUUCACGGCCUUCGGGAAUCACAUAAUUGCAGGUACCUCCAAAGGAUGGAUCAAUAUCAUCGAAACGGAAACCUGUACCACAAUCCACUCCGUGCGUCUAUGUAACGGAGUGGUCAUUCUCCUCCGCCUUUCUAGCAAUGGACGAGACCUACUGAUCAACAGCUCUGACCGCGUCAUCCGUACCGUUCUCAUGCCUGAUCUUUCCCAACUGGGAAUCGACCUCGAACCCUCCAGCAUCAAACUUCAGGUCGAGCACAAGUUCCAAGAUGUGGUUAACCGACUAAGCUGGAACCAUGUUACCUUUUCUUCUACCGGCGAAUUCGUUACGGCAACAACAUACAUGAACCCAGACGUCUACGUUUGGGAACGUGGACACGGAUCCCUUGUCAAGAUCCUGGAGGGUCCACGAGAGGAGUUGGGCGUGGUCGAAUGGCACCCAUCUCGGCCCAUGGUUGCAGCCUGUGGCCUGGAGACUGGUGGUAUUCAUACCUGGUCAAUCAUCAGUCCACAAAAAUGGUCCGCAUUGGCCCCGGAUUUCGGUGAGGUCGAGGAGAACGUCGAGUAUUUGGAGCGCGAGGAUGAAUUCGACGUUCACCCCGCCGAACAAGUCCAUCAACGACGCCUCGAUCUCGAGGACGAAGAGCCUGACGCUGUCACACUCGACCCGGUGAAAAGCGACGCUGAAAUUGACGCUGCCCGUGCAUUCGGUGUACCUGUCCUCCUUGACAUUGAAGAUAGUGAUAGCGGAGAAGACAUCAUCGCCGUCGGUCCAGGUACCAUGCGACGACGGACGCCUGGUGCUGGGAGGGACCCCGUUAACGGUGAUACGGAUAAAGAGUCCCGGCCUGCUGCGAAUGGAGUGGCUCGUGGUGCAGGGCGAAACCGCCGGCGGUGA